GACCAUAUCUGAAAUAUUCCAUCAACUGUCAAAACCACUUUAAACCCAUGACAAAGACAACAGAGCUUGAAGGGCACGAACAAAAAUAUCCAAACAAACUUUUGUGAGACAGUUGGAAAGAUCAAAACCCAUUUGACUUUUCAAUACGAUUUAUGCUACAUCACUUCCAUUUCUCUGGAACUCAGCUGCAAUCCAGUUCUUGUUGUUAAGUGAAAGUUUUGCACUGUUAGAGAUUUUUGUCAUCUUCAGUAUGACUCAGGAUACUCUUCCUAGUGCUGAAUCACCCAGGAGACGGUCUGGCCUAUUGAGAGAUCAAGUUCAGAUCAUUAAGAGAAAGGAUACUGAUCGUUUUGAGAUUGCUCCCAUCCAAGAUCCACUAUCAUUCGAAAAGGGUUUCUUUGUAUUUGUCCGUGCUUGCCAAUUAUUGGCUCAGAAGAAUGAAGGGAUGGUAUUAGUGGGGGUGGCAGGUCCUUCUGGAGCCGGGAAGACGGUGUUCACUGAGAAGAUCCUUACCUUUAUGCCUAGCAUUGCUGUUAUCAAUAUGGAUAACUACAAUGAUGCUUCCCGUAUUAUUGAUGGCAACUUUGAUGAUCCCCGCUUGACAGACUAUGACACUCUACUUGAGAAUAUCCGUGGUCUCAAAUCUGGAAGUGCUGUCCAAAUCCCCAUAUAUGAUUUUAAGUCUAGCUCUCGAGUAGGCUACAGGACUCUGGAAGUUCCUAGCUCUCGAAUUGUGAUUAUCGAAGGAAUAUAUGCCUUGAGUGAAAAGUUACGGCCUCUCCUUGACCUUCGUGUUUCUGUUACCGGUGGAGUGCACUUUGACCUUGUAAAACGUGUCCUGAGAGACAUUCAACGUGCAGGACAAGAGCCUGAAGAGAUUAUUCAUCAGAUAUCUGAAACAGUAUAUCCGAUGUACAAAGCUUUUAUUGAACCAGAUCUGCAAACAGCACAUAUAAAAAUUAUUAAUAAAUUUAAUCCAUUCUCCGGAUUUCAAAACCCCACCUACAUAUUGAAGUCAACAAGGCCAGUGACUGUGGAACAAAUUAAGGCUGUCUUUUCUGACGAUCAUAGUGAAAGCACAGAGGAAACUUAUGAUAUUUAUCUUCUACCGCCUGGUGAAGAUCCUGAAGCAUGUCAAUCGUACCUGAGGAUGAGGAACAGAGAUGGAAAGUACAAUCUCAUGUUUGAGGAAUGGGUCACGGAUAGCCCUUUCAUCAUAUCUCCAAGAAUCACAUUUGAAGUGAGUGUGCGUCUUCUCGGUGGACUGAUGGCACUAGGGUAUACAAUUGCAUCCAUCCUGAAAAGAAGCAGCCAUGUGUUCUCCAGUGAUAAAGUUUGUGUAAAAACUGAUUGGUUGGAGCAACUUAACCGCAAAUACAUCCAGGUGCAAGGAAAAGAUCGUACAUAUGUCAAAUUUAUUGCUAAAGAGCUGGGUUUGGACGGUUCUUAUAUUCCACGCACAUACAUAGAACAAAUUCAAUUGGAGAAACUCAUAAACGAUGUGAUGGCACUGCCUGAUGAUUUGAAGACGAAAUUAAGCAUUGAUGAUGAUUUGGUUUCAAGUCCUAAAGAAGCUCUAUCCCGAGCCUCUGCAGAUAGAAGAAUGAAGUUCAUGAAUCGUGGGAUCUCUCAGUCGUACACGACACAGCGUGAUAGAAAUCUAAGUAAGCUGACAAAACUUGCUGUUAACAAUAGGAGGUAUGAUGGAAGAACCCCAGAUUCUCCAGCUGCACUUGCUAAUCAGGGAAUUGUUACUCAGCUGUCUGAACAAAUUUCCACCUUAAAUGAGCGCAUGGAUGAGUUUACUUCACGAAUUGAAGAACUAAACUCAAAGGUUUCAAUCAGGAAAAUGUCAGCUAGCCAGCAGAAUUUGGCAUUGCAAGCUGAUGGCUGCAGUGCAAUUGCACCAUCGUCUCUUUUUGCUUCUGGUGUAGGCAACGGCCUGAUGACUGGUUCACUUCUACCCAGUUCAUCCUCAUCUUCCCAAUUGGCAAGGGAAUCUGCUUUCAUGGAUGAGGUAUUACUUAUUUCUCGCGGGCAACGUCAGAUCAUGCUCCAGGUCGACAAUCUAAGUAACCUGCUCCAUGAAUAUUACGGGGAACGGUCUCAUCAAGGACGAAGAGACGGAUUAUCAGAUUUAGGAUCAAAUGGCAUUCCUUUGCUACUCUCUUUGGCUGUUGGAGGUGUAGGUAUCCUGUUGCUGAAAACUAUCUCGGAUAGAAAAUGGACAUGACUUGAUCAUGUUAAUAAAACAAGCAUGCAAUGUAUGAUGUAGUGUGUAUAUAGAGAUCAUGGAAAUGCAGUACACUUAUCCACUGUUGAAUCA